CCGACAUUGUGCUCGCUCUUGUUCGCACCUAUCAGCCUGCUUGCACGAUGCCCUCUGAUCAGAGUACCUGGCUAAUCUCCAUCCCUGAGACCGGCGAUGCCGAGGGCCUCCACCACGAGCUGACGACUAAACUCACCGGAAGCUCAAAGUCCGUUCUCCCGUCCAACCUCGCGCAGCUCUCCAUCCCGUCGUUCAAGACAGGGACCCUCGAAUCUCUUGUCAGUUUGUCUGAGGAGCUUCCGAAGACCGACACCUUCUUCACGGCUACCGUCGCCAAGACGGUGGACACCCUCCGGAAUCUUCUGAACAACGACCCGUCUAAGCUCGCGCAGCAUAUACUGGUCAACGAACAACCUGUGGACUCAUAUCUUCUCCGCGGAUGGUCGUGGAACGAGGGACGCUAUGGAACGCAACGGUCGCUCCGAGAGAUGAUCGACGUUUUGAACAAGGAGAUGACAUCCAUUGACAAUGUUAUGAAGAGUAAGUUGAACAACUACAACCUUGCAAAGGGUCAACUUACGCAGAUGCAGCGGAAGAAGACGGGAAACCUAUCAGUACGCUCCCUUGUGGAUAUCGUUCACCAGGAACACUUCAUCAACGACUCGGAUUACCUUCAAACACUUAUCAUCGCUGUACCAAAGAACUUAGUGAAGGACUGGAACACGAAAUAUGAACGCCUUACCGCCAUGGUUGUUCCCCGAUCCUCCACGCUAAUCGCUUCCGAUGACGAGUACAGUCUCUUUUCAGUUGUCAUCUUUAAGCGCGUACAUGAUGACUUCGCGCAGAAAUGCCGUGACAACAAGUUCAUCAUCCGUGAUUUCACGUUCUCAGAAGAGGCGAUUGCUAAACAAAGAGAAGACCUGCAAGUUGCGGAUACGACAGAGAAGGAGCUUUGGACGGAACUUCUUCAACUAUCACGGACGAACUUCUCAGAAUCGUUCCAGAUCCUUGUCCACCUGAAGGUCAUCCAGUUGUUCAUUGAGAGCGUUCUGAGGUACGGUCUCCCCGCGCAUUACACCGGCUACUUCAUCAAGCCCGAACCGAAGGCGACUAAGCGGACGCUGUCGAUAUUGCAGCAGCAGUUUACCUACCUCGGACAGCGCGCAAACCCAGACAAAGCCAAGGGAAAGUCCGGGGGCUCCGCGCAAGGAGACGAAUUCGGUGGCGAGUACGCGAAUCUGCUGGAGCAGGAGUACUUCGACUUUGUGCUAUUUGAGAUACCAUGGAUCGUGCUGUAGGGCCGCGAGGGAUUUCAUGCGCGACUCCGUCUGAGGUGCGGUAUCUGAUGUGACGAUACACAUUUUUUUUUGGCUCGCGCGUUCCGCCUCGCCCAUGGACACAAGUCUGUAGUACAAUACUUCCGCACCCUCUGCAUCAAUGCAUAGCUCAUUUCAGUAUACCCUCGUCCAUAC